UGAUAUCUCAUUCUAAAAAAAAAUAAUGAUCCACGGAAUGGAGGCAGACAGGUUAGGUCUUGUGGCACAUCCAAAACGUUCCUUGGCUGGAAAAUUCUUCACAAGUCUCGUACCACCGUCCCUUGACAGAACAGAAAUCUCACUGCGGCAGCAAUGGAGACUUUCAGGCAGCUUGAAGGUUCUCCCAUUGGAGAAAGACAAUAUUAUCUUAUUUGAGUUCGAGAAGAAGAGAGACAAGAAAGAGGUUGUAAAGGGUGGACCUUGGAACGUUGAUGGCACCAUAUUAGUCCUCAAGGAAUGCUCACAAGACAUAUCCAUGGUCGAUAUGGAUUUCUCUGUUUCUUGCUUCAAUGUCAAGGUAAUAGGCCUACCCAGAUUUAACUACACUGAAGAUGAUGUUGAGAAGAUUGUGAAAAAUCUUAGUGAUAAGCCAUGGAUUUCAUAUAAAUAUAAGGAGUUUACAAGAUGCUUUUGUGUUAAAGUUGAGAUAGAUUUGAAAAAACCUCUGCCUCCUGGGUUUUACAUUAAUGGUGACGGUCCUAGGUCACCUUUCGUUCAGUUCAAGUACAAGAACCUUGGUGAGUUCUGCGAACAUUGUGGUAUGAUUAGCCAUAGGAUAUGUGGAGAAGCCGCAAAGAUGAGACCUUUGACCCGCAAGUUUAAAACGCGUGUGUAUGGACCAUGGCUUAGAUACGACCAUGAAGUAUUGGCUUGUAAUGGUUUACCCGUGAAGUUGCACUAUUCUCAGCCUAAACCGUUUGUUGACAUGGGUUUAACGUACGAGGAUACAGUUACUUACGCGCAGUUCAUGGUUGUGGUUCAAGUUGAUACUCUUUACAAGAGCGAGCAUGAGUGGGGAGGCAAGAAACUGGUUCGUUCCUUGUUAGUAAGUGGGGACAAUGAUUGCUUUCGGUUUUCUUGUUUUCCGACACAAGUCAUUAAGGAUGUUUUAGCGUUUGAAAUCGAUAGGAUCUCACCUCUGGCGAAGUUGAAGUCAGAGGACAAGACCAGCAUCGUCCUUGGCCUUGUGGCUGGCUUAAUGAAGCAGAGGAAGACUUGGUCGAAGAAGAGAUGGAUUCCUUACAAAGUUCGUGUCGAGAAAACAGUAAUGGUGCCACCAGUGGAUAUGGAGGUUAUGCUUGAAGAAGCCAAAGAUAAAAAACUACAUGACACCAUUUUUACUAAUAUUGUUAAAAUGGUAGGCUUCCCUUUAGGUAAGUCAGACGAUUUACUGAUGAAGACUAUUCGAGAUGCGAUCCGUGAGGUCGGUCAGACUCAGUUCCCAGAUUCUUAUGUUGAGUCGUGGCUGAGAUGUGUGAAAAGGCCGGGGUACUAUUCCAUAUUAAUUUUGAAAGAAGACUGUCACAAGCGUGUCAAGGUGCUUGGCCCUGAUAUGGAUUUGUUUGACACAUGUUGUAUAUGUCAAGACGAUUUCUUUCUUGGAGACUGCGCAACAAUUACUUCUUGUUCUCAUGUUUUCCACUCAAGCUGCAUUAAAGGAUGGAUCAAUAAAUCCACCAAGUGUCCACUCUGUUGUGUCCAGCUUGAAGUAUAUACUCGUAUGAUUUAAACCAAAGUCAAGGCUUUGAUAUCGAGUCUUUAUGUCUUUAGUGAAUGGACUGGUGAUAUCGAGUUUUAUGUCUUUAGGCUUUGAUAUCACACCUC